AUUUACCAGAGAGUCCACGUUCGUAUGAAACACCAAAUCGUCUACCAUCAAUCUGCCACAUAAUGUCAAACUGCAGUGUACCAACUGUAACAGUUAAAGACAAAACAGGAACGGUUCUGGUAGAAAUAAAAGGCAAUAAAUCCCAGGAUCUCAAAGAAUUUUCACAAACUUUGAAGGAUGUUCAGAAGCAAGUUAAUACAUACCUCACAAACCUCAUCCACAACGAUGCACCAGGAGACUCUGUAAACAGUGACAGUGAUGGCAGUGAAGAUGCUGAAGAAGAAGAAGAUGAUGAUGAUGAUGAUAAUGAUCAGACUGCUGGCAGUGAUGAUGCUGGAGGUCCAGCUUCUAAAAGAAAGAAAUGCUAAUUAUUAUAUAAUAAAACGUGAAACUUAUGAAAUGUGCCGAUAACAAAAGACACUUUUGUGUGAUACUUGCUGUAAAUAUAUCUAUAUUAUCUUCAGAGAUUAAUAAUUAUUGAUAAAUUAAUUAC